AUGAAAAAAUUUUUUGGUAGAAAAAAAUUGAAAAAAUCAAAAUCGGAUCAACAUGAAAAGGUAGAUGAAAAUUGUAUUAACGGAACAACUACUCUAGCAGCAAGUGGUACAUUUUGUCGCACAACCAGUGACUUCAAAGAAUCAACAACUACAGAUGAAUGUAACAGUUGUUACGAUGCUACAUCAUCAUCGAUGGGAGAAGAACGCCAUUUUGAUGAAGAAUUAGAUAAACACAUGAUGCAAACCAUUGCUGAUGUCAAAUAUGUCAAAAACAGGCCUAAAUUUGUUGCGGUUGGUGAAGUGAAUUUUCAACGUGAAUGUUUGGAUGCUCAUAAUGCGGUAAGGGCACGAUAUGGAUGCCAACCAUUGAUAUGGUCUCAGGAAUUAUGUGAUCUGGCCCAUUCCUGGGCAAUUAAACUGGCUGAAAGAGGACGGAUAUUAUUUCCAGAAUUACAGGGAAUAGGUGAAAAUAUACGGUUAACAAUAAUAGAUGAACAAACUCAUUUACCUUCUGGUGCCGAAAUUACCGAAAUUUGGGCCAGCGAAGCAGAGCACUUCGAUUUCGAAAGGCCGCGAUGGAAUCCCAAGACGCAGCAUUUCACGCAAAUAGUUUGGAAGGAAACCUCUGAAAUGGGCAUUGCUCGACAGUGGAAUACUAGCACUAACUGUGUCGCUACAGUCGCAAUGUAUCGUCCUUCCGGUAACUCUAACGCCCCAGGUGAGUUUCAACUAAAUAUACCACCAAAAGUAUAUUUUGAUGAAAUUCCACUAUUACCCAACACAGUAAUGCAAGGCACUACAUGCGUGCUCCGACAGUCCACAACCGCUCAGGAAUCUUUGUUCAAAAAUUUGCCCUCUUCUAGUAAUGGAUAA